UAAUCCGCCCCUCCACUCCUGAGAAACCCAUCCCAGCCCGCACUGAAAGGUAAUGGAUUCACGCUGUCAGUAAAAAGCUCUGCGUCAGAGUCUCUCCUCCUGCUAUAAAAAGCCGUGCCAGUGGCGGUACAUCCUCGCAGACCUCUCUCCACAACAGCAGCAGCACUGCGGAAACCUCUGCUCUCUUCUCUCUUCAACAACCAUGAGCUCAAUGAGUUACAACCCUUAUCUCCCGUCUGUGCAGAGGAGACGCGUGGUGGUGCGCAGCGGGACGCCCUUCGGCGGAGCAAGCAGUCGUUCUCGAUCUGUCUACUCAACCUACUCAUCCCCGUCCCGUGCCUCGGUUCUCUCCUCCUCUGCAGCUCUGCAGCGUUCAGAGCUGGACCUGAGCCAGGCUUCUCAGCUGAGCUCGGAGUUUAAAGUGGUGCGGACGCAGGAGAGGGCCCAACUCCAGGGCCUCAACGACCGCUUCGCCAGCUUCAUUGAGCGUGUGCAUGGCCUGGAGCUCCAGAACCGUUCCCUGGAGUCAGAGCUGCUCCUGCUGCGCCAGAGGCACUGCGAACCCUCCCGCCUCAGGGGUCUGUACGAGCAAGAGGCGAGGGAACUGCGCGCGGCGGUGGACGAGGCCCGUAGGGAGCGCCAAGCGGCUCAAGAAAGGCGGGACCGACUGGAAGACGCACUCAAGGACUUGCAGAGUCGCUAUGAAGAAGUAGUCCUGGCCCGUGAGGAAGCCGAAGGCCGGAUGGUGGAUGCCAGGAAGGGGGCGGACGAUGCAGCGUUGGCCAGGUCUGAGCUGGAAAAACGAGCCGAUACUCUACUGGACGAGCUGGCCUUCCUCAAGAGGCUCCAUGAAAGCGAGAUCGCUGAGCUCCAAGCCCAGGUGCAGUACAGCGCCCAGGUGUCGGUGGAGAUGGAAGUGGCCAAACCGGAUCUCUCUGUGGCUCUCCGAGACAUCCGAGGUCAGUACGAGCGCCUGGCUCAGCAGAACAUCCAGGCCGCAGAGGACUGGUUCCGCGGGAAGGUGAGCACCAUGACGGAGGACACUGCCAAACACACGGAGAACAUCCGCACCGCUAAAGACGAGGCCGGGGAGUACCGUCGCCUGCUGAAAUCUCGAGACCUGGAGAUCGAAGCAUGCCAGGGCCUGAACCAAGCUCUGGAGAGACAACUGCAAGAGGUCGAGGAGAAACAGAGCUCAGAGAUCGCUGAGCUACAGGAUAACAUCGGUGACUUGGAGAAUGAGCUAAGGUCCAUGAAGAGUGAAAUGGGCCGUUACCUUAAAGAAUAUCAGGACCUUCUCAAUGUGAAAAUGGCCUUGGACAUUGAAAUAGCUGCUUACAGGAAACUUCUGGAAGGAGAAGAAACCCGCUUCAACGUGGGCGGUAUUGGCGGUAUGUCCAGUGUGUUUUCUCCCUCCAUCGCUGCCACUCCGUCUUUCGGCCGUCCCGUGUUCUCUGUGCAGGCCAGUCUGACCUCUGGCGCCCCCUAUCUUCUGGGAACCAGAUUUAUGAGCUACUCCGCCAUUCCGGAUGAGAUUAUAGAAGCCAGUCAGAUGCAGGAAGCUGGGGCAAGUCCAGAGAAAGAAGAGGAGGAGGAGGAAGAGGAGGAGGUGGUGGAGGAAGAGGGUGAGAAGGAGGAUGAGGAGGAGGAAGAAAAAAAAGAGGAAGAGGAAAAAGAAGAGGGUGAAGAAGGAGGUGAAGAGGGAGCAGAGGAUGAAGGUGAGGAUAAGGGAGAACAGGAAGAGGAGGAAGAAAAAGAGGAAGGAGGAGAGGGUGAAGAAGGUGAUAAAGAAGAAGGGAAAGGUGAAGAAGAAGAAGAGGAGGACAAGGAUGAUACAGGAAAAGAAGAGGAGAAAAAGAAAGGAGACGACGACGAGAAAGAGAGUAAAGCUGAGAAAGGCAAGCCGAAAGAGAAGUAAACCCACUGGACCAAACCCCUGGUGCUAGCUGGAGGUGAUCAAACCUCGUUUAUCUCACACAUCUCGACAAGUUUACUGUGUCCAGCUGCUCCAUUUCACAUUCAGACGCAAACUACAAUAAUAAAUGCAACCAUAGAGAUCGCCUAAAGCCAGAGUAGCCUAUGCAUGAACACAUGCCUUAUGUUUGCGCUUGGCAGGGAAAUUGUGAUUGCAGGUUUCUUGUGUUGGUUUAAUUGAUGUUUAUUUAUU